UCAAUUGACACAGGUGCUCAGCAAACACGAGAAAAAAGGGAAUCUUUAAUCAGCUCAUCUCACACAAAUUCGAUCACAAUGACAGCAGAGCCAAUAUCUCGGUUUACUUUCAAUGACUUUAUGAGCUUGUCAGUUGUGCUGUACAAUAGCCUGGGCAUACAUCCGUAUGAUUUGGCCACCAGGACGGGAUUAUCGACUCGCUGGCUCUUGACUAUUUUCCUCUUUCAAGUGGUCAAUCUGAACUUUGUGCUUGGAUUGGAGUGCGCCUUCGUGUACAUCUCGUUCAAGAACAACGAUAACUUCGUCGAGUCCUGCAUGGUAAUGGGCUACAUUGUGUUCGUGAUCGUGGGCGAACUGAAGAUGGUGACUGUGUGGCUGCGGAGAGACCAAUUGAAUGAUCUGAUGAUCGAAAUGGAGCGCAUCUUUCCCUCGACUGAUGCCGAGAGCCAGCGACAAUAUCAGGUGGAGCGCUAUCUGCGCCGAGGUCGCAUGUUCACCAAGGGCUUCGCCGGCCUCUACCUGCUGCUCAUCGCCACCUACAAUCUGUUUGUGAUUAUUCAGUUUCUGGUCAAGCGCUAUGUGCAGGAGGUGCCCGGCGCUUCCAUGGCCAUGCCCUACACAUCAGUGUCGCCCUGGGGCGUGCACAACAUUUGGGGCUUCUGCCUGAUGUAUUUGCUGCAGUCCCUGGCUGGCUACACGUGCACGGCGGGCCAUGCCUCGAGCGACAUACUCAUCUUUGCAGUGCUCAUUCAGACCAUCAUGCACUAUGACUACUUGUCGAGGAGGCUCACGGAGCUGCUCAUCCAGGCAGGACGCGUCAAGGAUGGCUACCAGAAGGAUCUCAAGGUGCUGCAGCAGCUGAUCGCCUACCACAACCAGCUGCUAGGCUUGACCGAGGUCAUCAAUCGGGUGUUUGGCUUGCCACUGCUGCUUAACUUCAUGUCCUCCUCGCUGAUGGUCUGCUUUGUGGGCUUUCAAAUGACCAUCGGACUGAGUCUCGAUGUCGUCUGCAAGCUGGCUGUUCUCUUGGUGGCCGAAAUGGCCGAAAUCUAUUUGAUAUGCUACUUUAGCGAUGAGCUUGUAAAUGCCAGCUUCUCUGUCUCCGAUGCUGUCUACAAUAUGAACUGGCCAGACGCUGAUAAGCGAUUCAAUAAGAUGCUCAUCAUCGUUGCUCAACGCGCCCAGCGACCCGUUUGCCUCAGGGCCACUGUGUUUCUAGAUGUUUCAAUGCCUACUAUGACAAUGUUCCUGCAAAUGACCUACAGGUUCUUUUGCGUGAUUCGUACCAUGUAUCAGUGAAGAGAUGAGACCAGUUCAGAGCGAAAGAAGCCCCGAGAUGGCAUUAGCAUUGGAGUUACUUAAAAUCUUUUAAACUCGUAUAUGUUAAGUUUUUAC